AUGAACUUCUCCUCCGGCGACCUAGCAAUCUGCACAACCUGCGGCACGCAAUACGACGUCCCGCUCUCCUCCCCACCACCCAGCUGUCGCAUAUGCGAUGACCCGCGCCAAUACGUCCCCGCCGCGGGACAAUCAUGGACUAGUCUCGCUGCCUCGUCGCCCACGCAGAAGAACGAAUUCGGAACCGACCCUCUCGACCCGCGCAUCCACUACAUCACCACAUCGGCCGUGACGCCCGCAUCCCUACCCCCAGGCCUCUCCGACUCGACGACAACGCGCAAGCAGCUCGGCAUCGGAGAGCGCGCGAUCCUGCUCCAGACCGACGGCGGAAACGUACUAUGGGACCUCAUUGCGUUCAUCGACGAAGCGACUGUGCAGUUCAUCAAGGAAAAGGGGGGACUGAAGGCGAUUGUCAUUUCGCACCCGCACUUCUACACGACGCAUCUAGAGUGGGCGCGCAUAUUCGCGUGUCCCGUGUACACCAGUCUAGACGACGAGACGUGGCUGAACCGCGCGGACAACGAGGGCGUACGGAAACUAAUCCAAGGCGUGACUGAGAUUAUGCCGGGCGUGACAGCGAUCCAAGCCGGCGGCCAUUUCGACGGGUCGUUAUUCCUGCACUGGGAGAAGAAGCUCUUCAUCGCCGAUACCAUGAUGUCGGUUCCGUCUGGCUUCUACCACCAGGAUCGCCUCCCCGGCACGACGUCGUUCUCCUUCAUGUGGUCGUACCCGAAUAUGAUUCCCCUGCCGCCGGCGAAGAUUCACGGCAUUUGGAAGGCGCUCAAGCCGUUUGCGUUUGAGACUACGUAUGGUGGGUUUCCGGGGCAGAAUGUUACGCGCCCGGAUUUGAAGGAGCAGGUGCUGGAGAGUAUGAAGAUUUUUCUGAGGGUUGGGGGGCAUGAGAGUGCGGGGGUGUUUGGGGAGACGGUGUAA